AUGGCGAGAUUCAUUUACCAGCUGAACCUGAUUCUUGUGCUACUGCUCACCGCUCUCCAACCGACCCUGGUCAGCUCUGUCGAACUCUCGGACUUCGACGGCAUCCCCAUCGACGACCAGCAGAUUUUCGAAGGCACGAUCAUGCGUGCGGGCGAAAGUGUCAUCUGUAACUCCAAGCAGAACCUCAUCCACAACCUCGAGCAGCUCUCAUUUUACCUCAAGGCCGAUUGCCAAGAUCGCAACAGGUCAUGCACCCCUACUCGCGCGUGCUGCGCUCAGAACACCACGGCCCUGGUUGCGGAGCUAGAAGGGUUCAAUGCCUUCUAUGCGCUCCAUUUCAAGGAAUUGUUUGGUGGUGCUCCACAGAAAUGCGCCCAGCUGGAGGAGUGA